UGCCUUAUUUUUUUCUCUUGCGUCGACUUUAUCUCCGGUCCCUUGGUUUGGACGGUUUUCUUUUCUUAUUUCUUUCUUCAUCGAUCGUCAUGUCGAAAUAUUCGUCUUCGGGCUACACGCCUUCCGCUGCGUCGCAGCAACCAGUGGAAGAUACAGGUGAUAAUAACUAGACGAGUUUCUCUUACCGGUGCUUUCGGCUUUGGCGGUUGAAGCACUUUUUUUUUUUCGGCGACACGCGAAUCACUCAUUCAGGCACUUUUGUUACAGCGCGCAUCAUGGAUAAAGCUUGGGAAGUCAUUCAGCAGAAAACUUUCACAAAAUGGGUGAACAACAAACUCGACAUCAAAAGCAUACCGCAUAUCCAAAAUCUCAGUGACGAUCUUGCCAACGGUGUUCGCCUUAUCCAAUUAUUAGAAAUCAUCGGUGAUGCCGUCUUGGGUCGCUAUAAUAAGAACCCACGCAUGCGCAUUCAGUACGUUGAAAAUGUCAAUAUGGCCUUGGAAUUCAUUAAACAACGCGGUGUGGCACUCACCAAUAUUGGUGCAGAAGACAUUGUCGACAAAAAUUUAAAGCUUGUUUUGGGAAUGCUGUGGACCAUUAUUCUGCGUUUCACUAUCGCCGAUAUCAACCAAGAAGGAAAGAAUGCCAAGGAAGGUCUUUUGUUAUGGUGUCAACGCAAAACAGCGCCCUAUCAGGAGGUCGAUGUACGCGACUUUACCUACAGUUGGACAGAUGGUUUAGCCUUUUGUGCUUUGAUCCAUCGCCAUCGACCAGAUCUUCUCGAUUUUUACAGUCUUGAUAUGAAUGACCGACAUGGGAACACGGCCCUGGCUUUUGAUGUUGCAGAGAAACAUCUCGGUAUUCCGAAACUUUUGGAUGUUGAGGAUGUUUGCGAUAUUUCAAAGCCAGAUGAACGUUCCGUGAUGACUUAUGUCGCUGAAUAUUUCCACGCAUUUUCGGCACUAGACAAGGUGGAAACCGCCGGCCGACGUGUCGCCAAAUUUGCCGAAGUUAUGGCGUCGAUUUGGCAAAUGCAGCAUGAUUAUGAAGAGCGCGUAUUAAGGCUAAUGGAAGCCGUAGCCGACAUUCAAAGCAAGUGGCGAUCGACUCAACUAACGGAUCGGUACCUAGACGCCAAACAGAAAGGCACCGAAUUCACCAACUAUAAAAAUGGUCAAAAGAGAGAAUGGGUAGCUGAAAAGCGCGAUUUGGACUCGUUGUUGGGAAAUAUCCAGACAAAAUUGAAAACCUAUAAUCUCAAACCAUACUAUCCGCCUCAGGGAUUAACUUUACCGGAUCUCGACAAUGUAUGGCGUGAUCUACUGCAGCAUGAAGCCGACUAUCAUCGAAGUAUUAACAGCAAACUAAGACAAAUCAAAGAAAAUCUGCGCAAAGCUUAUGCGAACAGCGCCAAUUCCUUCCAACAGCAAUUGGAUCAAAUUUCGGCCGAGCUUGCCUCGUUGGAUGGUGAUUUAAAUCAACAACUGAACAAGGUCCAUCGUAUCACGGAAAAAGUGCCUCCAUUGAUUUCAUCCUUACGACAAGUGGAAGGAUUAGACAAAGAGUGUACUGAAGCUAAUACGGAAGAAAAUGACUAUACUGUCUAUUCGGUGGAAGAUCUGACUUUUGGUCUCGAUUUGGUGCAACAAGCGAUACAGAAAAAGAGUGCCUUUAUUCAAAAUCAGAUUGUAUCACGCAAUAUGACAAACUUGACCCCGGCUCAAUUGGAAGAAUUUGAACAAGCCUUCCGUCACUUUGACAACGACUACAGCAACACUUUAUCAAGAACUGAAUUCAGCGCGGCGUUGGCAAGUUUGGGCUUAUUUUACGAGGAGCAUGAAUUCCAGAAUCUGUUUGAUCGCAUUGCUGAAGGACAAGAUGAAGCGUCUUUUGAGCAGUUCAUUCGAUUCAUGGUGUCCAUCACCGAAGACAAGUCCACGCCGGAACAAUUACGGGACUCGUUCCGAACCAUUGCAGGCGAAAAGCCAUAUGUCACGGAACUCGAUUUGAAAAUGUGCUUGGUACCUGUGCCUGUCAUCGAUUAUCUCAAGCAUGAAAUGCCGCAAGCUCGCGAAGACAACAAUGGCUUUGAUUAUAAUUCCUAUGUCAGCCAGGUGUUCAAAUAGACGGGAUUCACUUGGAUUGAACUCCUUUGGGAAGAUGAAAAAAAAGAGGUCCGUUACUUACAACAGGAACACUUGUCAAAGAGUGGUUAUUUUUCAAUACAUUGUAGAUGUCUACUGUACAUGCAGCGCCCUAAAAAAAGGCUCAUUGAAAAAUCGCUUCCGAAUAAAAAGGGUUCACCAUGUUGGAUAUUCUCAAUGGCG